GGCCGUGCGCCCCGCCCACGCGCGAGGGGAGGAGCCGGAGCGGAGUCGGGAGGAGAGGUCGGGCGGUCCCGGGAGCGCGGAGAGCCGGACUCCUAGGCGGCGGCAGCAGCGGCGGUGGCGACGGCGGAGAGUUCAUAUGGGAAGGACAUUGGGGUGAGCGGCUUCUCUAUUUCCAGCUGGCUUUCCUGAUUCACCCCACCAUUUAAAACCUGGAGGCAUUGGACCACACAAAGCCUUGCUGAUUUCAGGAAAGAAGAACCAUCAGAGAUGUCCAGCAAGACGGCAAGCACCAACAGCAUAGCCCAAGCUAGGAGAACCGUGCAGCAGCUGAGGCUGGAGGCCUCCAUCGAAAGAAUGAAGGUCUCAAAAGCAUCUGCAGACCUGAUGUCAUACUGUGAGGAGCAUGCCCGGAGCGACCCUCUGCUGAUGGGCAUACCGACCUCCGAAAACCCUUUCAAGGAUAAGAAGACCUGCAUCAUCUUAUAGUGGACCAGGAAGCACCCCUUGCCUCUUAAUGGGAACCUCAGCAGCAACCUGAAGAGAUUCCUUCAGCUUACCUGGUAACCGCGGCUAGUAACUAAAACACCCUUUUCUUGGAAUAAUAGACCCUGAAGUCUCUCUUUUUCAAGUUGUCCUUUCUGAUUUAAUACAGAAUAACAAUCUUAUUUUCUAUUUGAUAACUAUGGUUUCAUAUUGGGUUACUGUAUAAGGAAAGUGGCAGGGGAGUUGUGGGAAGCUUGUCUUUACAAUAUACAGUUGAUUAAGAUAUGUCAAGACCUACAUUGUCUAAGCACCGGCAAAUUAAAAUGGAUUCAAAAAUCAAAAAGUCAAAAAUCCCUUCAGUCAAAAACCUUUAUAUUCUGUUCUUAAUAAGGUUUGUGCCAAGCUAUGUAUAUCCCAUGUGAGGGAUCUGGGGAGACGGCAUGUGUCUACAACCAUAUCUUUUUGCACUAUGGGUACUAACCACCCUGAAACUUCUGUAGUAGCAUCAGCCCUUCCAGAAUUAUAUCAUUCUCCUGACUCUGUGUAGGUAGAAUAACAUAUUCUUUCUGUGUAGUUUUUGUACAAAAAAAAUAAUGAAAGAAUAUUGAAAAGAUCAUCUGCACUAUAGCUGGUGCUAUUCUCUCUGCUCUCUUGGAAUUGUGCUGGCCCCUUAGUCUACAAUAAACUGUGCCACUUCAAAACCUAAGGCUAAAACUCAAAGCCCUUUUGAUGGGGUCUUAACUCAUAUCAGUCAUUUGGGCUUUGAUCCUGAGGCUAAGAAAGAGGGAGAGACCCUUGGGUGGACCCUGGGCAGCUUAUACUCCAGGGCUCUUGAUCUCAGCUGGAUUGGGGCUGGCCACCUCAGAAACUUCCACCCCCAUAGCUGGAGUGAAAGAAUGAACUGAGAGCCUCACAAGGAGAGGGGAGCAGAAAUCCAUGAAAACAGCUGCUCUCCUGGGCCCAGCUUUACAGGCAACCCUCUCCCUUUCUCCUCAUCAGCAUGGUACUUGUCCUUGCUGCUAGAGCAACUGUUUUCAGAGGGACAUUCCCUCCUUCCCAGUUUUAACUGGGUGGACCACAGUGGGAAAAAAAACACUCAAAUAAUAGAAAGACACUUGAGCUCUUUGCAGAUGCCUGCAGUUUCAACACUACCAUGUUCACAAACCACCCCGGGGGAAAAGGGCCUUUCCAAAGGGAGGCUUACAUUCUGUAGAACAGUUCCAGCGUCUAGCAGUUGGGUGUUGAGGUCCUCACUUUUACUCUGAUCAUGAAAAUAGCCCACAUACCCUCACAGUGUCCAGUAAGGAUCGCAGAGGCACAUAACCUGCCAUGACCAAGAAGGUAUCUUGACUUUGUCACAGUGACUAUUUAAAAUAAUCAAUUAGAAGCCCAAACCAAACACAAAGCCUGUGAUGUUUUAGUUUUAUUAAGGUAACCACUAAUGAAGGAUUCAAAAGUAUUCUCAAACAGGACUUAGCCCCAGAAGUGGUUUAUAAAAUUUCCCCCACCUGUAUACAGUGUGUAUUAAAAGAAAACGUAUUUUAAUAUCUAAUGCCUGGACUUUGAGCAUCAUGCUUCUUGAUGGUAAACAUGCAGUACUAUUCCUAAGUGACACAGAGGCAUCAGAAUUUCUUCAAGUUACCCAUCUACUCAGCACUUGGAACUGAGUGUGUGAAAGCCAUAGCACUGCCCACAACCUGUUCUCACUGCUUAGCUCCCAGCUGGAUUAAAGGCACCUGUUCAGGAGAGAGAGCUUUUACCUUGGAAAAGGUAAAGAUGGGAAUGUACACCAAAAAGACAAUUUUUACAUUCAAUGGAACAUUCUUUUUUUACAAGUAUAUUUUUCUACUGAUAGUUUCAGAACACUAAUCUUAUAUUCACUCUAAUCUUAAACAUGUUUCUUUAAAUAUUUAUAAGGCAUUUUAUUACAGAAUAUUUUUAUGCAAUCAUGUGCACAUUAUUGGUAGCAAACAUAGUAUAUUCUUUAGUACUUAAACACAUUUUUGUUAAUAUACUUUUAAUGGUAAGAGAUGAACUUGAGGUCCCAGGUGAUUUUGUUGCCCUUUCAUUGAUUAGAGACAGUAAAUAUCUUGUAACUUCCUAACCAGAUCUGAGCUGUGCUCACAAUAAUAGUAAAAUCAGAUUCUUUGAUGCUGGACCCAGGAGGAAAAUCAUUAGCCAACUGUUGACUUACUUAUAACUAGAUGUCAAUGUGAGAAAGUAUAAUCUAUAUAUACAUAUAUAUGACAUGUAGGAGUCACUUUUAUUUAUCUGUCUUUGUUCACUUACAAAGCCAUGUAACUGCAGCAGUAGGUUGGUGAUGUCAUGAUGCACAGAAGUCCCAUGUGGAAUGUCUAUCCCACACUGACAACAUGGCUUCCUUUCUGUAUGUUCAGUCUGUUGUCUGAACUGACACUCCUGAGAACAGAGCACUGCAGUCUUUAUGCUCUGAUCCCCGUAGUUCAUCUUAAAUUUCUCUGUGGCCCUGGCAAGGUAGAGUACACACGGUUCCAUGAUUCCAGAGCAUUUUGAAGAAACAUACAUAUUUUUAAAUAGGGAAAAUAUAGCAGGUGGUUCCUAAGCUGCGGGUUAUAGUUAAAUAUUCUGUUUCUUUGAAAUCAUGUUUUAAAUUCUUUACCAUCUGAAAGAAAAAGCGUGUCAUGCUUACACUUUCAAGGGAAGGCUUGGACUGCUUUUUCUAUGUUCGGAUUAUUUUUAUACUUUGCUGACCUUUAAACUAUCCAUGGGGGAAAUUUUAUACCAACAAGUUAAUCAUUUUUAUUCAUUGUUUACACAAUGUAAGAUGCGUCAAACUGGGGCCAGCAAAAUGGCUCAGUGGGUAAAGGUGCUUGAUGCCAAGCCCUGCAGCCUGUGUUUGAUCUUCAGGAUGCACAAUGUAAAAGAAGAGAACUGAUUCCUGCAGGUUGUCUUCUGAGCUCUAUACACACACACAAAAAUAACACUUAAAAAUAUGUGCCAAAUGAUAUUUGUUCAGGUGCCAUCUUCCACCAGCUUACCAUUACAGCAGAACUGUCAAACUCAUCACCUUGAAUUUGUAUUAAAAGUGUGUCCAUGCACAGGCCCAAGAGUCACCUCCAGUGAAAUAAAUGUAAUUCUGAAGUAUGCUAUGAAGUUUGUUGUUUUCUUUCAUCGUAAGCCUGUUAGCAGGAAAAUACGACAAAUCAAAUAGAAUACCAGUUCGAUGGCCUGGUCAGUCCUGUGCCAGGUGACGUAGGACCAGCCCGGUCAGCUCUCUGAGCCUCCCCUUCCCCUUUAGUCACAAGGAAAUAGAAGCAAAAGAUGGCUGAGGUCCUCCCUAUUCCCAGAUGCCUUGGUUGAAUGACCUGCCUCUCUGUCGGUCCUGCCAAUGUGUUGGUGCUAUAAGCUGCUUCAAAUACCAGUUUGUCUGUAGUGUGUGCUCACCUAAUCACUUGGUAUUCAGUGCCUGUUCUAGGUUUAUGGACUUAACUAUUUCUGUGAUGUUUCAUUUUUAGCCAUGUUAACUCCUAACACAUAUUCUCUUAUGUCUCAGUAAAGUUUCAUUUGAUAAGUUGUUGAGAUUUUGUUAUUUGAUAAUAUUCUUUGGCUAUUCACCCAGCAUCUUAAUCACUUUAAAACUGUGAUCGUUAUUUGGAACUCUGUCCUUUGGAAAGAAUAAAAGCAUUUUUUUUUCACUUGCUAACAUGCUCACAAAUGUGAGACAAGAGUCAUUAAAAGCUUUACUUACUGGGUCAGUGCGUCAUUGACUCCUUUCUGUGUUUUGCCCAAUAAAUUAAUAAAAGACUA